AUGCUCCUCUCCGUCAAAGAAUUGAAUGUAUGGCGAAAAUUUCACGAGCUUAUUACUGUGCUUUUGAUAAUGUUUGGAUUGAUUGGAAUCUAUGCCCUUCUCCAGUUCAUCAACGCUCAAAACUGGUGGAUCAUCUCGGAUAGCGUUGCGGCAGAUGUCAGUGAUGCUUUGAAAGAAGAUAUCGAUCGGAUUCUGAUCUUUAUGACCGAUUGUACAGUUCUGCUCAGCCUUCUCACCACACCGUUAGCCGUCUUUUUUGCAGCAACCAACGAUCGGCUGUCGUUUCCGAUAAGACUCCUAGCAUCCGCUGAAAACGCCAACAAAUUCGUCUAUGCCAUUGGCUGGGCGCUCACUUACUCGUGUCGACCGAAAAGCGGACCGUUUCAAUGCUCACAAAAUCUCAUCAAAACAUUUGACACAAUCCAAUCAAUUAUCAACAAGUAUAAUCUGGUCGAGAUCUCUCAGUGUUGCCAACUGCUCAUCUCGAUGAGG